CACAUAUGCAUACGAGUACAAGCUCAUACACCAGCACCUCGCCGAAGUACGUACAUGUAACAGGAAAGGCAGGACAAGGCAGGGGCGGGGCUCUGAACGGCGAACAACGGACAAACCUUUGCCUCUCUUCUCUCUUUUUGUGUUUGUCUUUCUUCAACAGGGAAGCUUCAGUCCCUCCACGAGGCGGACACUCCGCGUGGAUGACCUCAAACCCGGCCGCACUGUCCUCGCCAUCAUCGAGCUGUGGGCGAGGGACAAGAUGAAGGAGAUCCACAACAACAAGCGCACCCGCAACGAGGACAGGGGGCUGUUCGUGCCUGACGGCGGCCCGUCCAAACGUCUCAAGCUCGACGGGGGUGCUGGUGACGGUGGUGGUGGUGGUGGGCAGGAGUGGGACAAGAAGGGCGGAAAGGACAGUCCAGAGGGCAGCAUCAAGGAGGGGAGCCGGCGGACAUGCUGAGAGAGGGAUGCGGGAUGCGGGGGGCGAGUGGGUGGAUUGAUGGAUGGAUUGAUGGGUAGGCAUUGAGAGCAGUGCAGUGCACUGACUGCGUGUGGUGACUGGCUGUAAGGUUCGCCUCUUCCUGCAACACUGGAUUCGUGUGUGGUUGUGUGGAUGGAUGAAUGGAUAGCAUCAUGCAGUGCAGACGACUGGCUGUGCCAUGCAUCUACGGGUUCCCGUGGGUGUGAUGUGCCUGAGAGAGUCGGAUUCAUGUUGGCCCACGGCAAGGGCCAACAUGAAUCCAGCCUCUUCACCGAACGCUGGAGCAAUGCGCCCGGAUUCUCAGUGUUGUCUGUAGAUAUCAUAUCUAUUGACCUUGCAUCUGUCCUUCUGAGAGGGGUCUGGGGGUGUGGGUGGGUGAACAAUGGACCGAC